CUCUACUGCGGAAACAAGUGUUAUUCCAAUCAGCGAAAGCGAAAUAAAGAAGAAGAAAGCUAUGAUUGAAUGUUUUUUUGUCCUGAAGAAGUACCAUCAAAAUCCACAUUACCACCGCAAUAUGAGAACACGACGUUACCGCUUCAGUUUUUCUAGAAUCUAGCCAGCCUAAGACUCUAUGUAUCAGCAGAAAUCAGCCACUUAUACUUCGUGAUCUUCUCGUCCUGUCGUGUCAGAAAGUAAUCCCGACGCAUUGAAGGAGCAAUGACGCGGUUAUUUUCUAGCCCCUCCUGCGCAAUAAGAGCCGGACCGGCUUUUUUCUUGACUGUACUACUUUUAUUUUCCAGCGACAGUGGCACUUCUGUUCGUUCGGUCCGCAUGGUGAUCAACGGGCCGGUCGGCGGACAAGCGCGAGAUUUUCUUCAGCCGCCAGGAAACCCUCCUCCGCAGCAACAAGACAUGGGCGACGCCGCUUUGCGCGGGGAGUUACAACAGCAAUUCUCGACGCCCGGCGGCAGCACGACCAGCGGGGAUCUUCAUCGUGGCAGGACGACGAUUCUGAGGCCGAUGACUGUGACCGACACUUCAUCCUCCGAGUUGUUUAAUCAGAAUUCGUGUUGCCUGCUUUUCAAGUCGGAUGUGACCGAUUGCAUUCCCGACCAGCGUGCGACGUGGCUGCAGACGCUAGGCAUCGAGCCCGACACGGACAUUGCCUUCGGGCCGGACCAUGAAGGCAACGAGCGUGGCUGCCAGAUGGCGAAAGCCUGCAUGGCGCAGGCGUUUCGCUUUGCCCCGACGCUCUCGGCAGGCACGUUUUGCGUUGCGGCGAUGUGUCAUUCGGAUCAGGCAUAUGGUGCCGCCACGGCGGUACUAUAUCCGAGUCUGGUGUUGAGUAGCCUCUCCGGAGCCAUGUCGUUUUACACCGCGUGCGCCUGCUGCUCGCUGCGGUGCGUGUAUUACCAGUGCUUACAGAUACAGCCCGACCAACGGGUGGUCGUGAGUGAGGCAGACUGUGUCUGUUGCGAGGGUCUCUGCGUGCUAAAGAGCGGACACUGCCUGCCGCGGUUGCAGCGGGCCAUCGAGAUUCCCUUGUACGGGCGACGACCGGUGCCGCUUUUGACCCGGAGCGACAUACAUAGAAGCGACAUACAUGUCGGAGCACGCUCGGCCUCCCUUUCUCCAGCAACGGAUUGGUCCACACCGUUCCCGCCCUUUCUGAGUCCGCGCGAUGGGGGGCCGUAGCAGAGGACGCCUAGAAAAUAUAUCAAUGAAUUACUUACGAUCCAAGUGUAACUACCUUGUUUGCCAAGGGCGGGUUGCAGUGGGACACCAUACAUAGUCGUGACCGAGGACAUAUGGGAGUCGCCGUCGGGUUCAAACGUAUGAAAUAAGAAGACUACAUCAAGAAUCACGUAUAAAAGGCAUGUUCUUGUUUGACUUUGACCCGCACGACCAGGAGGUCCAAAGUCAAUCACAUCAUCAGGCUCGCGCUCAUCGCAUUUUGAGCAGACCAGGUCCACGUGACACGAUAGAUACUUAGCGACUUUUUGAGGUGCCUCUGGAGAUCGAGCUGUUUCUCAAAUUUUGAAAAUCAGGUUCUGUACUUUUUACCGAGAACGAAGCUGGCCACUGUAGUUUGUAAAAGGCGUUUUUGUUAUUACAUUUCGAUUUCAGUUGUAGCAAAAACUGAAACCAGUAAUUUUGUCUGUAUCGCCAUCGCGUCAGCAGGGUCAGCUAUGACUUUUGGUACCUGUGCUCUGCUCUGCAAAUCAUGCGAAAGGCAAACAUUCAGACUCUCUCCCUUGACGGCCCUUUCAGAUUUGAUUUAUUGUUUCGCUACCUCUUUGACUUUUUCUUUGAUCUAUCAUGAACUGCAUGACCUAGGAGUAGGUUGUCCUCGUCUGCACUCACUCAUCG